AUGGCCAAGAGUCCAAGAAAGUCGGGAAUGACAAAAAGCCAACCGAUUCAUCGAAGAAGUGCACGGAUUCGAGUAAAGGAAGGAAAGUCAUCAAAAGCAAAGACACGGCCUCCUUCGCCGAAAUUACAACAACCCAAGGCGAACCCAGUGAGUCGGAAACGAAAGCGAGGAACUGAGACAGAACCGAAACCCUCAAAGAGACAGAAGAAGGCGCAUGAAAGGUUAUCACGUCAAAAGUCAAUCCAAUACAAGGACAUUAUUAGAUUACAGUCAGUUAAGGUGGGGCUAAAAACAAACAAGGCCACCUCUAUCCUGUACUGGAUUCAGCAUGAAACGUGGCCGGAAAUACUCUUUGAAGCCGACUCAAAAAAGAACAUAGAGAAUCUUAUCUCGUCGACGUCUGAAUCGCCAACCGAGUUGACUGAGAACGCCGAACGCCAACACACAGACAUGGAAAGAUUCCUCAACUCCAAGGGGAGCUACCUGACUAGUCACGGGAACGGAAUCGCAAAGAAUGAUGCACUGAGAUGUAUCAAGCUGUUGGAAAGAGGCUGUGAGACGCCCAGAGACACGAUAUUCGAGAAUGGUGACUCUUUCAAUUACAUCAAACGCAUACUUCCAGAGAGGAACGAAAUUGCAGUUACCCAGGUGAUUGGUCAGUUGGUCGUUCCCUGGGCGGAGAUCGGGAUUGUUCGCGGCCAGGUUGGAUUCACAUGCUUAAUUGACAGUGUCAAAGAACUCUGGGAUGGAUCGAUCUCCCUCGACGAAAUUGUGCACGGGCAGCAACUGGACGCAGGCAGCCUCAAGGGUGGACAGUAUCAGAUGCCAAUCCCGCAACCCGACUAUUCGGUCGGAUUCUUGAAGGAAGCGUUCACCAAAAGCCAGAUUGAGAAGCUUGCGCCAUUCUUAGGUGGAUUCUAUAGCACAUCCCCUUUCAAAGGCACCGCCGAGAUGCUUUUCCCAUUCUUGGUGGUAGAGGUCAAGUGCGGUAAAGUGUCUCUCGAGUUAGCGGACCGGCAAAAUGCUCACAGUAUGUCUCGCGCUUUGAAAGGCGUCGUGGACAUCUUCCGGCUCGUGAAGCGGGAGAAGGAACUCCAUCGACAGGUCCUGGGGUUCUCUAUUUCCCACAAUCAUGACCACGUGAGGAUAUAUGGUCAUUAUUCUGUGAUCGAGGGGGAAAAGACAACAUACUACCGCCACUCUGUGCGUGCAUUCAGCAUCACAGCGCGAAACGGCAAAGAAAGAUGGACAUCGUAUAAAUUCGUCAUGGCUUUGUACAACGACUGGGUGCCAGCCCAUUUUCAGCGACUCAGUUCAGCCGUGGAUGACCUACCCGCGGGUGUCAAUUUUGAUAAGAUCAGUUCGAAGUCCGCUCAAAGCCAUCGGAACAGUGAGGUGUUGUAG